AAGAUUCAACUUCAGGACAUAAGUGGAACAAUUACUCUUUUGGAAUGCUGUCUCACAUGUGGACCUGAACACCAGCCUAGUGCAGAGAUGCUGGAGAUUAGGGCUGGAUGAACUGGAAAGAGUAUACAUAAGAGAAAAAACAGUAGUGGGCGUGUCCUGUUUGGCCUGGUGUCAUAUAAACAGGGAAAACAAAGCACUUUUCAAGCAUUCAUAACUCACAGGGUGCUGUAGCCUCACUUAGGACACAGGUCAGGAGAGAGCCUGACAUAUCUUCAGGGGAAGAAGAUCUCAGAGCAACAUGGCACCAACAAAACUGGGAGCUAGGAGCCCUCUAAUGGAGGCAGCUGUGGGCUUUGCACUGGGAGCUGUGGCAGGCUGCAUACUGGGAGCCACAGAGGACCCAGUGGACGAGACCCUGUCAGUGAUGACUACAGCCGAUUCACUGAAACCAGUGAUGGAGGAAGCCAGGAAAGUUGGUGCUCUGGGGCUGGGGGCCCUUAUUGGAGCCACAGCACUGACCACGGCAAUGACCUCAGUUGUAGCUGGUGUGAUUCUGGCAGCAGCAGUAGCUUCGGUGUUUGUGGCCACUAAGAGCUGUGGUGCCUCCUACAUAGACUCUGUUGGCUUGUGGGCAUCGGCAGGACUUGCUGGGGCCUUCGGGACCACUCUCAGUGGAGCCACACUCGGGGUUGCUAUCGAAUGGAUUGUGAAGAAUUACAGCAUGAUGGGCCUCCUGUAUGCACUGAGCAUAUUCACCGUGCUCAAACCGCCCCUGCACUUUGUAUUUAAGCUCCUCUGGAAGAAGGGAGAAGCCUAUUGCACUCUGGGACCUACAUUCAGGGCCAGGGAGAGGGAACAAAUUGAGGUCAUAGAGUCACAGCAGAGACAGAGAGUGGCUGUGCAGAUAGAGCAGAGGAUCCUGAUGUUGGAGAAGGGAGGCAGCAUCAGCGGGACAGAGCAGAGGACACUGUGGACCACGGAGCAAAGGCAGAGAGUGGAGAUUGAGAGGCAGAAGAUGGAGAGUGAGGAGGCAGAGAUAGAGCAAAGAACCAUCCAAGACUGGAUCAACACUGUGGUGGUCAAAUAUGUGGACUUCUUGGCUUUCUCAGGGAUACCAAUGACGGUAGUUGCCAUAGUAACAUCAGGGUUUGGGGUGUUUGGUUACGGAGGCCACCAGUCUGUGUUUAUAGUACUUCUGGCUUUGGUUGGAGUCAUAGCCUAUUUGCUGCUCAACUCAUCUGACUUUAAGUUCUGGAUGUUGGUCGGGUGCAUGGGAAUGCUCACAACGUUUGUCAUCGCCAUGCUCACCCUGCACGCUGGCCAGGUGGUCGUAACAACCGCCAUGAAGAUGAGAGCAGCGGGGCAGAGUCAGUCAAGAGAAAACAUCACGGCUCGUAUGAACCACCAAUCCUCUCUUGAAGCUCUGAAUGCAGCUUUCUUCGUGGCAAAACUGUGUGAGCUGGGUUUGGGCGCUACGGUGGGGGGGCCGCUGGUGAGGCGAGCAGCCGGAGAGGUGAAAGUCAUAGCUGGAGCGGCCCUUGUGGCACUGGGUUUACUGGCUGGGGUAGAGGUUUUCGCCCCGGUGCUGGGAGGAGGAGGUAAAGCUGGGGCACUGCUGGGGGUGGUAGGAGCAGCGGGGGUUUCUGUGGGAGCAGCGGCGGCUGUGGCUGGAAGGUGGUCCUCAUGGCAAGGAACUCUGGGAACAAUAGCAGGGUUGGUUAUAGGAGCACUGGGGGUUGGAAAAUGGCAUAUUGUUAACGUUGGACUGCAGGUGCCUGUGGCCUAUGUCUUCGCUAUGACCAAUCCAUUUUAACAUAAUAAAAUUGCUCAUGGUGGGAACUGUUGGUCUAGACCUGCUCUAUUUAAAAGGUAUCCCGAGACACUGUUUGUGAAUGAAUUGGCACUAUACAAAUAAAACUGAAUUAAAAUUGAAUUUUAAAGCAGAGGGCCACUAACCAAGCUGCAGUAUUUGACAACUCUAGAGUGAGACUGGGUUGUCAUUUGUCCUAGUAACCUGUUAAAGUUACUCUACUUUAAAGGAUUAGUGUGGUGAUUAUUUAUAUUUUCUGUGCCAUAGAGUUCCAUUGUUGUCCAAAAACUAUUAAAAACACAUUAAUGAGCCACACUGUUGCACUGGUGAGUGCUACAUACUUUAUUUGAAUUAAUGUACCCCUAGUGGAGCAGCUUGUGACGCUUUAGAAUCAGCUCAAAGAGAGGACACAAGGGUGAAAAUGGAUAAAGGUGUACAUUUAACACAGUGACACAAAGUUUGUUGUAAAAUAUUUCAUGUUUUUAUACUGAAGUUGACAAUAUGUCUUGAGAACAUCAUAUGAGAACCAAACCGAUGUCUGAACAAGAAGAAAUACACUUCUUUAUUCUGUUUUGAGUUUGUUUACUAUGUUUUAGUAUGAGCCAAUGGAUUCUGUCAGUUAAAGAAAAAUGCCACCCAUUAAAGGAACUCAC